UAUAUAUUCACUGUUGUUCUAGAGAAGGAAGAUGGGUCGGAUAAAAAGGAGGGAGAAAAUAUUUGUCAAUUGUCAAUGGAUUCAAAGGACACCGACAAGCCACCAAAAAAUAUUUUUACAUGAUUUUAAUUUUCUCCUCUGUAUUCUGUACUACUAUUUCUAGUAUUCUUGUUCUAGUAGGUCGACUUUUCUUUGUUUUCUGGCGGCCAUUCACUCUCCUUCUCCUAUAUUUCCUCCCUCUUUCUCUAUCUCUCUUUUAAGCUGUUCAAUUGUAGUAACUAAAUACAUUCGGUUUAAGGAAAAGAUGAUGGCAAGGGGAGGUACAAAUAGUAGUUUGAGGAAAUAUUUGGGAUCCAUCAAGGAUACAACUACAAUUAGCUUGGCUAAAGUUAAUAGUGACUAUAAGGAGUUAGAUAUAGCCAUUGUUAGAGCAACUAAUCAUGUAGAGCGACUUGCGAAAGAGAAACACAUAAGAGCUAUCUUUGUAGCAAUUUCUGCUACAAGGCCUCGGACUGAUGUUGCAUAUUGUAUACAUGCUCUUGCGAGGCGCUUAGCAAAGACUCAUAAUUGGGCGGUUGCACUGAAAACAUUGAUUGUUAUUCAUCGUGCUUUGAGAGAAGUGGAACCUACAUUCCAUGAAGAGCUUAUUAACUAUGAAAGGGGCAGAAUUCAUAUGCUCAAUAUGUCGCAUUUUAGAGAUGAUUCAAGUGCUAGUGCAUGGGAUUACUCUGCUUGGGUUCGUUCGUAUGCCUUAUUUUUGGAAGAAAGGUUGGAAUGUUAUCGUGUCUUGAAAUAUGAUGUUGAGACAGAGCGCCCCAGAACCAAGGAUGUUGAUACCAUGGAUUUGCUUGAGCAGUUGCCGGCAUUGCAGCAACUUCUUUAUCGAGCUAUUGGUUGCCUGCCUGAAGGAGCAGCAGUUCAUAAUCAUGUCAUCCAAUUGGCACUUUCUAUGGUUGCUUCAGAAAGCACUAAAAUCUACAAUGCAAUCAGUGAUGGUACUGUUAAUCUUGUUGACAAGUUCUUUGAAAUGCAACCGAGUGAUGCAACGAGGUCUCUUGAUAUAUAUCGUAGAGCAGGACAACAGGCUGAAAGGUUGUCAGAGUUCUAUGAAGUAUGCAAGAGCCUUGAUGUUGGACGUGGCGAGAAAUUUAUUAAAAUUGAGCAGCCUCCUGCAUCAUUCUUACAAGCCAUGGAGGAGUACGUGAAAGAAGCGCCUAGAGGUUCAACUUUAUGCAAAGAACAGGUCAAGCAUGUGGUUGAUGAAAAACCUACAGUUGUCCUGCAAAUUGAGAACACGGAUACUACUGAUGUAAAGGAAGAACAUCCUCCAUCACCGCCUCCUCCAGAACCAGUUAAGGAGGAAAAACCGUUUACUGAAGUUCCUGAUUUGUUGAGUCUUGACGAUCCUAAGCCAGUUGCCUCAGAGUUAGACAAGAAAAAUGCAUUGGCUCUAGCUAUUGUUCCGAUUGAUCACUUAUCAAACAGUGCUCCAGCUCCUAAAUUGGAAAAUGGCGCGACUGGAUGGGAACUGGCACUUGUCACUGCUCCAAGUUCGAAUGAGACUAUUACUUCUACUACUAAACUGGCUGGAGGACUGGAUAAGCUAACAUUAGACAGCCUCUAUGAUGAUGCAAUGAGAAAAACCCAACAACCGACAAGCUACAACCCAUGGGAGCCCGCUCCACUGACCAAUCCUAUGAUGCAACAACCUAUCUAUGACCCAUUUUUUGCCUCGAAUGCCAUGGUUGCGCCUCAUUCUGUUCAGAUGGCUGCCAUGGCCAAUCAACAGCAAGCAUUCCUUCUACAGCAGCAGCAGCAAAUGAUGAUGGCCGCACAACAACAGCAUCUAUUCGCCGUACAACAACAGCAACUGCCACAGAUGAACCCUUUUGGCAACCCUUAUGCCGCUAACGCAUAUGGUACCGGCUCGCCUAUGCAAACACAGAACUCAUACACCAGAAUGUUGUGAGUUUUCAUACAAGGUUAUUGACAAUAAUAUGGAGAAAACAACAGACGGGUAUAUUGGAUUCUUGAAGCGGAAGAGACAAGAAAGAAGUCCAUAUACCAUAUUUUGUGCAUUUUUAGGUAUAGAGAUAGCGUAUUAUUGAUUGAUAAUUAUAGGGAGUAACAUUUGUAAAAUUUAUUGUUCAUUCUUGGUGAAAAUCUAGCUCGAUUAAUUGAUUGUAAUUAUUUUUUGAAUUGCUUGUUUGUUGUUAAAGUUGAGCAGGUACUUUGAGCUAAGUUUCGUAAGUCUGCCCUGCUUAUAGCUUGAGAUUGAAUAGAAAAUUGAACUGUAUUUUUCUGCUUGUGAAUCUGUUAUGAUAGUGUGUGCUUGGUUUAACAAGCUGCAUAGUGG